AUGCGUGCGCAUGAAUUCACGUGCUAUGGAGUUCUUUUCGUCUUGUUUGCUGUCGCCUCUGCCUGGGAUCCAAUUGUGGAUUGUCCCGAUGGCGAGAAACGUGCUGAGGUCCAGCCAAUCAAGGUUGUAGACGGCUCAAACACAUUUGGCACAACAUUAGCCAGUACAUUUCUGAUACCUCAUGAGGCCUCAUACAUCACCACCGCCGUCUUUGGCGUGGGACCUCCUUCAACGUACACAAUAACACCGCAAGGGACACCACCGGUUGGCACCAUCAUAAAGAGAACACCUAUAACCACAAUUACUUCAAUCAUCUCUUCAUUGACAGCCGCGCGGACUCGAACACUGACCCCUGAUCGGCCUGGUGAUCCUACUACUGUUAUCGUUGAAGAGCCUGAGUACAGAACUCAAACAGAAAGCGUUGAAGUUGAUCUCACAAGGACCGUCCAAGUGGGCGAUCCCGAGACAAUCACCGUUGGUCAGGAGUAUUACACCACUAUCACAGAGAAAGGGAGUAACGGAGACCCCGUUACCAAGGUCGUUCACGUCGACGACCGAACCACAGUAGUCGUGGGGCAACCAAAGGCGACAACAAUCACUCAAACAAGGGACAUUGAGUUCCCUGUCACGCGGACACUUCAGCCAGACGAUCCAACAGGUGUCAGCACCAUCAUCGUUGAGGUCCCAGGGUCUACACCUGCAUAUACAACAGUCACCCGCACCGGUACUGUGAAUGCCCCCGUUACGUCGACACAGCCUGCACGUAGCUCAGGGGGCACUGGCACUGUCUUCAUAAUCCUACCUUCAGACCCUGUCCUAUAUGCAACUGUCACUCGUGUUGGAACAGGGACAACGACCGUCACCUCAACGCAGCCACCCAAACAUCCAGGAGAUGUCGGAGUGGUUUUCGUGGACGUUCCUUCGCCGCUGGGCAGAUAUAACACUGUCACGCGGUUUUGGACUGGGACAGCUCCAAGGACGUUUACUCAGACUCAGAAUGGGCCGGGAAAAGAUGGAAUCAUCGUGGUGGAAAUUCCUCUCACUGGCGCAGACUACAAUACUGUCACUCAAGUGGGUACAGUCACUGCGCCGGUGACCAGAACCAUUGCACCAAGCAGUCCUGAUGGCACUGGCGUGGUGGUCGUCGAGAUUCCUCCUGCACGUUGGGCUACUGUGUCUCGUGUUGGCACUGUAACCGAACCCGUCACUCACACAAUAUCCCCAACCCACGCAGGGGACGACUGGACCGUAGUAGUAGAGUUACCGCCUGUAAACACUCGCCUCAUUUACACCACUCGAUAUGGGGAGGUGACGGCGCCAGCAACUACUACCCAGUUUCCAGACGGGUCCUCUAAGACAGGAUGGGUCAUCGUGAACCUCCCUAACCCCAUGACGACUACAAUCCGUGGCAGUGACAUCGAAUCUCCAACGACUAUUACACAGGAGCCGGCAAAUCCUGGAGAAACAGGAGUUGUGAUCAUAUUGACGCCCUACAAGUAUAUAACCACGACGAGAACGUGGACUGGAUCAGAAGCAACAACAAUCACAGAAAAGCCCUCUGAUCCGAAUGAAGAAGGAACUGUAAUUGUACAAGUCCCAGCUGACGCAACGACUUACGUUACAGUAACUAGUCACUGGACAGGAUCAACCACUCGAACCUCAACUGUCCCUCCUGCGGAUCAAGCCGCGGGAACAGUCAUUGUGUAUAUUCCCCCAGAUGUUACUCCUUUUGUUACUGUCACGGACUAUUGGACAGGAUCAACGACAAAAACGACAACUAUACCUCCCUCCGGCCCCAGUGCGACGGGUACUGUCCUAAUACAAUAUCCUGAAGAUUCCUUGCACUACAUUGUCACCAGCGAGUACUGGACAGGUUCUACAACACGUACCGUGGUCAUCCCACCUACUGGGCCGGGAGGCACGGGCACAAAACACGUGUAUUUCCCAACUGAUGCUAUUCGCUAUGUUGAUGUCAGCAGUGUCUGGACUGGGUCUACGACUCGUAUGUGGACCGAGCCUCCGUCUGGUCCUGGAGAAACAGGAGUCAUACACCAUGAUGUGCCAGCUAUGCGCUAUGUUACUAUCACCAACUAUGGAUCCGGAUCCAUAACCCGAACAUAUACCCAGGAGCACUCCGGCUCGGAUAUAACCGAUACGAUUGUAGUCGAGAUUCCCUGGAUCACCUCCUGGACCACUGUUAUCAGCACUGGGACAGACUCAACGACUCGGACGUCUACGCAAAUGCCAUCUGGCUCAGCAAGGGUUGGUACGGUGUUAAUAGAUCUACCGCCUAUCGUUGAUCAUUACAUCACCACAACGAUCACUGGUACCGGCAGUUUAACAAGGACUAUCACCCAGACCCCAACCCAGGCCGGCCAGACCGGGACCGUCAUCGUUGAGAAGCCAGCUGCUCCUGCUAAAUACAUCACUUUGACAAGCACUUGGACAGGUGAGACCACCACGACCACUACUAGGCAACCAGAUGAGCCUGAUCAGACCAGAACGGUGGUUGUUUUCGUGCCCCCAAGCAUCACACCAUACGUUACCACUACGAUCACAGGCACCGGGACAGGAACCGGAACCAUUACGACAACUCAAACUCCAACUGAGCCUGGCGCUACAGGAACUGUGAUCAUUGUGCUGCCUUCUUCCGCCACACCAUAUGUGACAAUCACUAGGACCGGCACAGGCACGGCUACAUCAACUAUUACCCAGACCGCUGCCGGACCAACUCAAACCGGGACCGUCAUUAUCGAGAUACCUCCUGAAAUAGUGCCAUAUAUUACGACAACUUCUUUCGACAGUACAGUGUCUGCACCAUAUACUACUACGGUGUCACCGACUCGUACAGGUCAAACAGGCUCAGUGAUCAUCGUUAGGCCUCAACUGUAUGUAACGACAACUCGUUAUGGAAGCGUAUCGGUUCCCUCCACGACUACACAAAGCCCUGAAUUCCCCUGGGGAACAGGAACCGUGGUAAUUGAUCUUCCACAGCCGUUCACGACGGUGACUCGUUACGGUAGCUUUUCAGUCUCUUCCAUCACAACGCAAAGUCCUCGUAUCCCUGGCGAUCCCGCAACGGUUCUCGUGGAUUUACCACAGCCCUUCACAACAGUAACCCGCUGGGCAACUAUCUCAGCUCCCUCAACAACAACACAAACUCCUGGGAACCCAGGUGAUCCAAUCAGCGUAAUCGUGUUCUUGCCGCAGCCUUAUACAACAAUAACCCGUUGGGGAAGUGUCUCUAUCGCUUCAACGGCUACACAAGGCCCCCAGAGUCCAGGAGAAACUGGCACCAUCUUAAUCGAUUUACCUCAGCCUUGGACCACAACGGUUCGCUACGGCAGCGUUUCGGCUUCUUCGAUAACGACUCAGAGUCCCAGAGUCCCAGGAGAGACCGGUACUGUAAUUCUUGACUUGCCGCAGCCCUACCUCACUUCGACCCAGUACGGUAGCGUCACAGCAGCUAUAACGAGGACACUUACAGUAGCUGUGCCAGGGCAAACCGGGACCAUUCUUAUUGACCUCCCCCAACCCUAUACAACUAUUAUUCGAUAUGGGAGUGUAUCGGUGUCUACUAUAACCACGCAAACUCCGCAGAGUCCCGGACAGACAGGAACCGUCCUGAUCGACCUCCCACAGCCUUACUUAACAUCUACUCAAUACGGCAGCGUAACAGCACCUACAACUAGGAUACUGGGACCUUCCGUGCCAGGGCAGACCGGAACCAUUCUCGUUGAUCUUCCGCAACCGUAUACAACUGUAACCCGCUAUGGAGGUGUCUCAGUCUCUAGUAUGACCACGCAGAGUGCACAGGGUCCAGGGCAGACAUGGACCGUCCUGCUUGAUCUUCCGCAGCCCUACACGACCUCCACGCAAUACGGCAGUGUCACUCAAGCCACGACCAGAACACUUACAGUAGCAGUACCUGGUCAACUGGCCACUGUUUUGGUCGAUAUGCCUCAACCUUACACAACUGUUACCAGAUUUGGCAGCGUGACUGUCGCCACUACCAGGACAUUGACGUUGGCUAGCCCAGGAUCAACAGCCACCAUCUUAGUUGAUCUUCCCGAUCCAUACACUACCACAACUCGUUACGGGAGCGUUUCGGUGAGCAGUAUCAUGACACAGACACCAAGUGCUCCCGGCCAGACGGGAACAAUUAUCGUCGAUUUGCCACAACCUUACAAGACUAUAACGAGGUAUGGGAGCGUUACGGUCAGCAGUGUUACAACUGAGACGAUUGCCAAUCCUGGGGAGACUAUUACGGUCCUUCUUGACCUUCCUCAACCUUACACGACGACAACCAUAUGGGGCAGCGUGACGAUUAGCAGUGUUACUACACAGUCUCCCUCUGUCAAUGGACAAACGGCAACAGUCAUCAUCAACCUCCCGCAACCUUAUACCACAACAACGAGGUAUGGCCGUGUGACACUUAGCUCUAUGACCACUCUUGUCCCUGCGAGUAUUGGAGAAACUGCAACAGUGAUAGUCGACCUCGCCCAGCCAUAUACAACCGUGACUAGGUAUGGAAGUGUCACAGCCAGUAGCAUCACUACACAGAUGCCAACCGUUGAAGGAGGGUUAGCGUCUGUCUAUAUUGACCUACCGCAGCCAUACACAACGAUAACCAGUUGGGGAAGUGUCUCGGUUCCUUCAACAGUAACUCAAACGCCUCAAAGCCCCGGGGAUCCGGUCACGGUCCUUAUUCAGUCCCCGCAACCCUACACAACCACCACUCGCUAUGGUAGUGUUAGCGUGAGCGGAAUCACCACAGAGUCAGCCAUUAGACCCGGUGAGCCAUACGUUGUCGUGAUCAAUAUACCCUACGCGACGGUGACAGUCACAACGCUUUACACAGGCACGUCUAUCUUAACAGGGCCAACUCCUAUCUCGACAAUUCCUGCCUCUGGAUCAGUUCCGGGCACAGUCAUAAUCGCGACGGCGCCGCCACAACCCGUCACGAUUACUCGACUGUAUACUGGCACGGCAAUUUUGACUGCACCCACUAUUGUCACUACAAUCCCGAAUUCUGGGACAAUUCCAGGCACGGUUGUAGUGGAAACACCACUUGUAACAAUCACACGACCAUACACAGGCACAGAGGUCCUGUCUGGUCCAACGAUUGUGACUACUGUCUCCCCAUCAGGCACGGCGCCGGGUACGGUGAUUGUCGAGACGCCUCCAGUCUAUCUAACACGAUUCUAUACUGGAUCAAAUAUUCUCACAGGUCCGACUACGGUCUCAACGAUCUCCCCUUCGGGCGAUCUCCCUGGUACUAUAAUUAUCGAGACACCUCCUAUUAGAAUCACCCGGUUUUAUACUGGCACAUCGAUCUUGACAGGACCAAUCGUGGUUACAACUGUCACACCUACCGGAACUGAAGCCGGUAUUAUAUUUGUAGAAACACCUCCAAUUACUAGUACUAGGUUUUACACGGGCACAGAUAUCUUAACUGGGCCUCGUACAGUCACGACCAUUACACCUACAGGGACCGAACCGGGCGUCGUCAUUCUUGAGACUCCGCCUGUCACCAUCACGAGGUUCUACACAGGCACACAGAUCCUGUCUGCUCCUAUCACUGUCACCACAGUAACUCCCACAGGGACAGAGGCAGGCACCGUUGUUAUUGAGAAACCGCCUGUAAGAGUCACACGGUUUUAUACUGGUACAUCAGUGAUAACAGGCCCAAUAACUAUAACAACUAUCACUCCAACUGGUACCGAGGACGGAACAAUCAUCAUUGAGACGCCGCCUGUUACGGUAACCCAAUUCUACACAGGAACAGAGGUACUAAGUGGUCCUAUCACACUUACAACUGUUACGCCUACCGGAACUGAGCCAGGUACUGUUGUGGUGGCUACACCGCCAGUAACUAUCACAAGAUUCUAUACUGGGACGGACAUUCUAACUGGCCCAACCACGCUUACAACAGUAACACCAACGGGAACGGAAUUAGGUACCGUGAUUGUCGAGACCCCUGCUGUGACUAUUACUCAACGCUAUUCCGGGACUUCUGUUUUAUCUGGCCCUAUAACUCUAACAACUAUCACACCCACUGGUACCGAGGAAGCAACGGUCAUCAUUGCCACUCCACCGCCGGUCGCUGUUAUGAGCACCCGUCGGUAUAGCGGCACAUCUAGUUUGACUGGCGCCACCACAGUCACAACCAUCACGCCAACAGGCACUGAGGCGCCGACCAUUAUUGUGGAAACACCUGCACCUCAGCCAGUCACCAGCUAUCGCCAAUACUCAGGAACAUCCAGCAUCAAUGCAGCCAGAGCUGUAACCACCAUUCAGCCCACGGGUACCGACGAUGGAGGUAUUGUGAUCGUGGAGACCCCAGCACCACCGCCAGCUUUCAGUUGUGAUGAAGGAGGAUACUUGAUCCAAGUCCGAACUCUCUAUAGGCUGAAUCUCGUCACAGGCAUCAAUUCAUUAGUAGCACAGAAUGUUGGGCCGGGGGCUCCUGCUGGCACAACCAACGGCGGAACCAUCAACCCGAUUGGCUAUAACAUCAAGGACAAUCUCAUCUACGGCAUUGUCCAGAUUGCAAACAGUAAAAGCCAAGUCAUUCGAAUAGGUUCCACUGGAUCAUAUACACUGAUGAACACCUUUAUUGAUGGAACAUGGAAUACAGGAGAUGUAGACGCUGAUGGCAUUUUCUGGAUCUCGACUUAUGGAAAAGCUUGGGCAAAGAUCGAUGUGAACCCAACGUCCGCGACCUACGGCAAGGUUCUUCAGCAAGGCACCGCAACAUCCGCAAAUAACUGCGCCGACUGGGUAUCUGUCCCUGGAGGAGGGCGCUAUCUUUAUGCUCUUCAAGGAAACACAUCGAAAACAGUCCUGGCAAGGUGGAGCCUCGACACCUUUACCUGGGAGAUCAUCAAGGACUUUGGCCACAUCGCAGGCGACAACCUCUGGGGAGCGGCUUAUUCUGUCGGUAAUAAGCUCAUGUAUGCUUCAGAGAAUACUUCGGGAGUCAUAUACCGAUUCAACGUUGAGACUGGAGAGAAAUCUCUUGUGAUUAACGGUCCGAAAACAUCUCAGAAUGAUGGAGCGCGUUGUGUCAACGCUUCGCCUCUAACAUAGUUGAGGACAUGCAUUGAGGAGGGGAGGUUGGGCUGCAUCUUGUUACAAACACAGGGAAGGUCCGAGGCGGGCUUUGC